AAUCUGUCAAACUUGGCAACACAAAAGUUCUCUCUCUCUCCUUCAAAUAGUCUUUUGAGAUUCUCCGGACAAAAGCUUUGAAAACGAUAUUGAAACAAGACAAACCCCAUUGACCAUUAAACAAAUCCAAGCAUUCCUCUCUCCAGCAGGGUAUAUUUAUAAUUUGUAUGAAGCAGAGGGAAUAAUCUGUGGCGCUCUGAUGUUAUUGGGUUAUGCAUAGAUGAUUGAAGAGAGGUGAAGAGCGAUCAAAGGUGUAUAUUUGGGGAUCUGGGUAUCUCUUAAAAGGGUGUGAAUUGACUGAUAUUGUAGGAUUUUGAUCUGAUAAGGAGAAAGGAAAAAAUGGGGGUUGAUUACUAUAACAUAUUGAAGGUGAACAAGAAUGCCACAGAUGAUGAUCUCAAGAAAUCGUACAGGAGACUGGCUAUGAAAUGGCACCCUGACAAGAACCCCAACGACAAGAAAGAAGCUGAAGCCAAAUUCAAGCAGAUCUCUGAGGCUUAUGAGGUCUUAAGCGACCCUCAAAAGAGGGCACUUUAUGAUCAAUAUGGUGAAGAAGGAUUGAAAGACAUGCCACCUCCUGGCAGUGGAUCGCCAUUCGGAAAUGGCGGUGGUGGGCCGAAUGGCUUCAAUCCUAGGAAUGCAGAGGAUAUAUUUGCAGAAUUCUUUGGGAGUAGCCCUUUUGGGUUUGGAUCAUCAGGACCGGGACGGUCUAUGAGAUUCCAGUCAGAUGGAGGAGGGAUGUUUGGGGGUUUUGGUGGGGCUGAAAAUAUGUUCCGGAGUUAUAGCGAGGGGACAAUGCCAAGGAAACCACCACCAGUUGAAAGCAAGUUACCUUGCAGCCUCGGGGAGCUUUACUCCGGAUCAACAAGGAAAAUGAAGAUCUCUAGAACAGUAGUUGAUGCCAAUGGGAGGCAAGUCCCACAGACGGAGAUAUUAACUAUUGAUGUGAAGCCUGGAUGGAAGAAAGGAACAAAAAUAACAUUUCCGGAUAAAGGAAACGAGCAGCCAUAUCAGCUUCCAGAAGACCUUGUUUUUGUUAUUGAUGAGAAGCCUCAUGAAGUUUACAAGAGAGAUGGCAAUGACCUCAUUGUUAACCAAAGGGUGUCACUAGCUGAGGCAUUGGGGGGAACCACAGUGAACCUGACAACUCUUGAUGGCCGUAAUCUAUCGAUCCCUGUGACAGAUAUUGUUAGCCCUGGCUACGAGCUCGUCCUUGCCAAGGAGGGAAUGCCUAUAGUAAAAGAGGCUGGUAAUAGGGGUGAUUUGAGGAUCAAAUUUGAUGUCAAGUUCCCUACAAGAUUAACCCCGGAGCAAAAAACAGGACUCAAGCGUGCUUUGGGAGGCUGAUUGUUGAAUCUUAUUAUGCUCAGUAUAAGCCAAUAGCUGGAUUGGAGUUCAAAGAGCAAAGCAGCCUCCUUUCUGCUCUUCUGAUAGACUGAAACCUUCGCUCCGGUGGUGGUAUAGGACAAAGCCAAAAUUGCUCUCCUCUUAUCGUGCAAUCUGUGUUUCAGAGCAGUUCUUUGAUAUUCUUGUGAUUGUAAUAUAAGUUUUGGUAAUUCAUUCUUUUUUCCUUUUACGAAUAAUGUAUAUUUGCAGUCAUAAUAGUUUUCAAGGGAUGACAAAUAUCCCUGUACAUUUUUUCCUUGUUGAAAUCUGUUCUAUCUUACCUGUAAUCAGCAGGUAA